AUGAGUAAAGGCAAGGGUGUUGAAGGUGUCAGUGAUGUUGCUGAAAGAUCAAUAGUUGUAUCUGAAGUUCCUGAAUCUCCUAUUCAGAAUCCUGUUCCUGUAUCUGUAGUGUCUACUAUCUUUGAGGAAGACGUAUUACUUGAAGAUAUCAUUAAUGCUGAAGGUGAUGAAGCGGAUGAUGACGAAGAGGAUGAAGAUGAUGUGAAAGUUGAUGAUACAGAUGAUGUUUUCUCUGCAAGCAGUCAUAGUGACGAUGAUAAUGACGACGAUCAGGGUGGUAUGUGUGUUACUGUUACUGAAGCAUCAAAAGAACAGAAUGUUGAUGAUUAUAUGCAUGAUGAUGCGAAUGAAGAUCAUGAAAGUGCUGAAAGUGAGGGGGAGCAAGUGGACGAUCAAAGUGUUGACAAAUCUGAGAAGUUAAUUCUGCGUUUAGAACCUGAAGUAGAAGAAGGUGAGUUCAGGCACACGAAUACAAUGGCUGAGAUCAUCGAGCUAACAAAAAUAGUUGAUCCUGAAUUUAAGUUUGAUUUCGAAGAAGAAUUGUAUGAUUUUGACAUCAAUCAACAACCCGAAUAUGAGUACAAGUAUGUUGAUGAAGCAGAUAAUUAUGAUAGGGUUGAGGUUGAGGAUUGGAGUGAUGAAGAGGGUAUAUCUGAAGACACUUCUAACUUUCCAACUCUUGUUGAGGUUUUCAGUGAAGAAAAUAGAGAUGAACUAAGGAGGAAAGUUGCUGAAAUCUUGGAAGAUAAAACUUUGAUGGUACGACAAAGGAUCCAGAAAAGGAAGAACACAAGAAGUGGUUCAAGAAGAGUAAUGAAAGAAAUUUUAAACGUCCUUUGA